AGUUACCAGCAGACCGGCUGACCGCUUCACACUUUACUUAAUAAAAUUUGUAUUUAUUUACAAAAUUUUUUUUGUGUUUGCGCCAUAUAAUUUAUAAUAUAUGGUGCUAUUGUGUUAUGUAGUGGCAUGACGAGCACUACACUCUACAGCUCGCGCUACCGCCCGCCGUACGUAUUUUGGACUUUGCAGAUCACAGUCGCUGUGCUUAUCGCCUGAGCGUUUGUGUGUGUGCGUCUCGGUGCCGACACUGUGUUGUUAGUGUUUAACUAAACCGUAUAAAGUGGGCAGUAAAUCCACAUUUGAUUUUGAUUUCAAUCAAAGAGAAAAUUGCGAAAUUAAAAUACAACAACAACAACAAGAAAUAGCGCGUUGUGAACGUUCUGCUUAUAUUCUGCUGUUUAUAGACGAAUACAAGAUACAUUGACAACAAAAUGAGACGUAAAAAAGUUGAAUUCCGCAUUAAACCAUCGGCAAACCGAGGAGUUAACAACUAUCAUCCACUCGAUGAGGAGUUACUUUCACCGCCCGUCGACGAUCUAGCGUCACGUUUCGAAGAGUACGGUACAACACCGCCGCGUACAAGAAUGAAGAUUAAAAGCCGUGAUUGGGAGCGCAAAAAAGCGCAUGCCGUCGCCUCUGUUGGAUCAUCAAUUGAUUCGACGCCGAGCACGCCCAAAAAGGGCAUGACCCGUAUGGCGCGUUCCCGUGUAUUGCGGCGCAACACUAUGGAUUGUGCAUUGCUAAAUGAAAUGUUUGUUAAUGAUGAGAGCAAACGUACCAGCAAGCGUGCGCAGGAUUUGUUACGUGAUGCCGAACGGGAACUUAAAAAUUCUAUGAUUUCCGCAUCAUCCACCAGCUACUCCUCACGUGGUUCGAGCUUACUCGACAGCACGCACCAACUGGAAUCGUUGGAUAAGUGUACGCCCUUGAAUACGGAAGUGAGCGUGCGUGGCUCUUCGAAGGUGGUGGAAUCCUGCAAUAGAUACAUGUGUGUCUCCUCACGGCCAAUAGGUUUUCGUGCGUCGGCUCCAGCAUCCGCAUUUGUCCAACAGCUGCGUUGUGAACGUACACCUGGCUUGAAUAUACGUAAAGAAUUUCAUGAGACUUUUGCCAAUCUCAUUAAGUUGGGCAGUGUCGACCGUCAAGAUGCCAAGCUUUCCCACGAAGAUCAGACCUGGCAAGCUGAACUGAAAGAUCUCAUUUGGCUGGAGUUGCAAGCGUGGCAGGCGGAUCGCACCAUGGAGCAGCAGGACAAAUAUCUAUUCAACGCCCGACAGGCAGUGCCGGAAUUGCUUUCACAAAUCAUAAACUACAAAUUUCAGCCGCGCUUUCAACGCGCCACGAGUGAAGUGAGCGUGGACAGCGGCUUCAGCACGGAUAGCAAUGCAAGUUCACCUACAGCGCACCAAACUGGUAAACUAUGCACUGGUUGCAUGUCUUUGUAUUGUAAGGAUUGUAUGGAUCAGCGGGAUAACGCGAUGAAGGAAGUGGAGGAUCUCUUGUCACGCUUAGAAGCCGCUGAAGCGCUUUAUCCUUCCUCACAAGUCAUGGGUGCUUUUCAUCCCAUUUACAAAAAUGAAAACUUUGUGGGCCGAAUAAAAGCCAUGUGCUUGUGGUAUAAUGUAACGCGUCAGAAUCGUUUGAAACUGUGCAUCUUUGGCAAAAUAUUGGCAAGAUUACAUGGUGAGAAAUUCUCUUGGCCGGUGGAAACAUGGUAUGGCAGCGAUAGCGGUGCUUCUUCUGGUGUGGAGAACGAUGAUUCAGGUGUGAAUUCGGUUGAUUCCAACAAGACUAGUUCUAGUCAAGCAACGCCGCAACGUAAGCUCUCGUCUAUUUUUUCGGCGCCUAAGGUGCAGUUCAUGCUGAACGAUGUGACGCAAGUGCCUGGCGAAACUUCCAGUAGCAACGAAUCUACCUCAACCGAAGUUAGCCAUAUGUCAUCGGAGAUAUCUGGUCCGCUUUUGCGUAAAACUUCAAUGCAAGACAUCAAUAUAUUUAGCGUUGAACCUCUAACCAGUUGCAAUGAUGCUAAUUCCUCGGCGUUAUAUAGAAAGUUUAUUGAAAACAUCUUAAAGUCUCGUGGUCUAGCCAAGGCAUUGUCGUUUUUAAAUAAAUUGCACAAUGUCGUGCUGUUCAAAGCGCAUAUUUCGCUGGAGAAGCCCGGCACGGAAGACUAUGACUUCGAGACUGAGCGCAUCGACGAAGAUGUGCCGCGUUUGGAACCGGAAAUAAGUCGUGAGCAAGUCGAUGAAUUGCGACGCUUUGGCUAUUGGAGUGACGAGGCGAAAUCCAUUAACUUGCCUUCAUACAUUCCCUCCUUUGUAUUUCUAAGCGGCAUACCGUUACAAUUUAUGCACGAGUUUCUGAGAAUGCGGCUCGAGACACGCCCACCGAAACCAAAUCCGCUUAGCUUAGAGCAACUUAUGAAGGAAUUACGCGAGGGAUUGACACUGGCAUUGACACAUCGGGAACGCUACCAGCGGCACAUAACGACAGCUUUGGUUGAGAACGAAGAAGAAUUGGAACGGUAUAUGGGAAUACUAAAUCAUUUCGACAAAACUGUGCGAAAAGUGUUUGAGCUGUACUUAGAUUAUAUCGACCAGUUGGUGCUGUCUGGCGCCGAGUGUAACACGAAGUCUGCUUUGGAAAAGGAAUGGAUGUUUACCAAACUGAUCAGCCCCAUGAUAAAUGGCAUGCACACAAUUGCAGCUAAAAAGUUUUGCACCAUAACACGCAACCUACUGCGUAGCAUAUCCGAACGUUUGGUGAGUCGUGCGGCGGAGCUAGACAUACAAAUCGACGACACGGCACAGCAUGGCGAAAUCGAUUUGAAGUGGCAGCUUUUAACAAUCUGUCGCGAGAUGCAAUCUCUCUUCACUGUGGAACGUGAGUCUUCGGUGAAGGUGCUGUUCUUUGCUAAAAUGUUUUGUCGCGAUGUCGAGACCACCGACUUUCAUCGUGAACACUACGAGGCUGAUGUGAUUAAUCAACAGCAGGACUUUGUUUGUGCCGAAAUAAAAAAAUCCUUCAAACUAUUGCAAAAGGACGUGCUAGAUGUGCGCAAUAAAUUGUCGAAAAUAAUCGAGCGUGUAAUGGAGCGUUGCGGACCCGAGCGCAUGUCCGAAUUAGAUGAUCAGGACAGGCAAGCGGUACUUUCGCGCACGCGUGAGAUUUUACAUCAGGGCUAUAAAUUCGGUUUUGAGUACAAUAAAGAUGUGAUUCGGUUGUUCGAACAGCGUAUAAUGGCAAACAAAGAUGAAUCGUGUGAGGUCGAUUUGGCGCUGGGUAUUAUCGAUUUUGCCAAAAUGUGGAUGCAUUUCGUGAUGGAACGUUGCGAACGUGGACGUGGUAUGCGUCCACGUUGGGCGUCACAGGGUUUAGAGUUUCUUAUACUUGCCUGUGAUCCGCAAAUAACCCGUCAUCUAGACGAGCGACAGUUUGAGGAUCUAAAGAAGCAGAUGGAUCGUUGUAUAUCACACGUGAUUGGUAUUACGUCGGAACCGGAAAAGAUCGCGCGUAAAAAGGCAUCGCCACGCACGCGGAAAACAUCUUCACCGGCCACAAGUCGGUCGCGGACACCGACACGAACGCCAAUAUCCGUAGGCGGCGGCACAAAUCCAAAUUCGCCGAUGAGUUCGCCGCAGUACAAUAAAUUCUUACAUCCCCAAUUCAGCUUAAAGGAGGAAGUGUUGCGCAAUGCCGCGGACGGUACACCAGAAUACAGCGUCAACGAGACUCCCGACGUGCCGGAUGCUAUUGGUGGCGGAACGGAAAAACUUGGUGAAUUACGCUUAAUUGUGCCACAAUCUUCACCUUUAACCAAAUCGUCUCAUGAGGGCAGCAGCUCAUCGCUGGCUCCACGCCAGAUGCGCGUGCGAGACGCUGUGAACCGUUUGGACAUGGAAAUUGAAGAUAAUCUGCGUGAACGCAAUCUAAUUGGUCAUGUCAAGGCUUUGAACACUUGCGACAAGGUUCAGAUACGUGCACGUAGCGUUAACUUCCAUUGGCAUCGUGGCAUUAAAAUUGGCCAAGGCCGUUUUGGAAAAGUUUACACAGCUGUUAACAAUAAUACCGGUGAACUUAUGGCUAUGAAGGAGAUUGCCAUACAACCCGGCGAGACUCGUGCACUCAAAAAUGUCGCUGAGGAGUUAAAAAUCCUGGAGGGUAUCAAACAUAAGAAUUUGGUGCGCUACUAUGGCAUCGAGGUGCAUAGGGAAGAACUUUUAAUUUUUAUGGAACUCUGUUCCGAAGGAACCUUAGAAGCAUUAGUGGAGCUAUCAGGUGGUUUGCCCGAAGGGCUGGUGCGUCGCUUUACGGUGCAACUGCUUUCGGGUGUGGCCGAGCUACAUAGACACGGUAUCGUGCAUCGUGAUAUAAAGACUGCGAAUAUAUUUUUGGUGGACGGCAGUAACAGCCUAAAACUGGGCGAUUUUGGCUCGGCAGUUAAAAUACAGGCACAUACGACUGUACCCGGCGAACUCCAAGGCUAUGUGGGCACACAAGCUUAUAUGGCUCCAGAGAUAUUCACAAAAACGAAUAGUGACGGACACGGUCGUGCAGCGGACAUAUGGUCGGUAGGCUGUGUGGUGGUUGAAAUGGCAUCGGGCCAACGUCCUUGGGCACAAUUUGACUCGAAUUUCCAAAUUAUGUUCAAAGUAGGUAUGGGUGAAAAACCGGAAGCGCCUGAGAGUCUCUCACAAGAGGGACAUGAUUUUGUAGACAAAUGUUUGCAACAUGAUCCCAAAGAUCGUAUGACCGCUAUGGAAUUGCUGGAACAAAACUUUUGCAAGUAUGGUCAUGGUGAUGAAUUGAAUAACGACCAAACGCAAGAGGCGCUAGGACGUUCAUUCCGGCGCAACGUUAAAUUGAGGUAGCGCAUCUUGUGGUUGUCAUUGCAAAAUAAUAUGUUGAGAAAGGAGUGCAUAUUGAAUUGUAUAACACAGUAGACAUGAUUCUGUUUUAACAUUGUUUGUUAUGUAUAGCAUAAAAUACGGGAUGAGUGUAUACUAAUCAGUAAAUCUAUGAACAGAAUAUACAGAUACAAAUACAUAGUAUAUAUGUGUUAUAUAUAUAUGUCUUUAUAUAUAUUUAUUUUAGAUUUUAGCUAAUAGAAUUUGAACAAUGUCCUGAAAAGCGCUUAGAGUCAUAGGCAUUAAAUUAAAUGAUAGUAAAUGUGUAUAUUUCGAUAUAUGUAUGUAUAUGUGACAAAGUCCACAUGUUUAUUUUAUUCAAAUAUACUUGUAAAUGCUAAGCCUAA